AUGGGCAACGUUGUCUCAGUCUUUUCACCCAGCAACGGUCACCAGCUUGAGGGUUCCGCUGCAGAGCUUGAGCAGAAGCUGGCCGACCGCGAGGAGACCAUCACCGUUCUCGAGGAUGACCUCUCCAAGAAGGAGAAGCAGUACAACUCCCUUUCCGAAGAGGCCGAUGACCUGCGUAAAAAGAUCCAGGACCUCGAUGCCCAAUUGACCUCGUCCAAGCAAGACAACAAGUCUCGCAUCGCCACUCUCGAAUCCGAGCUCGCUGCCAGCAACGACAAGAUCAACCACCACGUCCAGGCCAACGGCGACGCCAACACCCAACGCGCCAACGAGCUCGAUAACGCAAACAAGAAGCUUGCUGCUCUCCAGGAGCAGCUUGAUAAGGUCCAGCAGGAGAAGAAGGCUCUCGAGGAUGAUCUCGCCGCCAUCAAGGAGCAGCUGGCCGAGGCCAAAAAGGAGCGCGAGACACUUGAAGUCUCCCUCCGCCAAGAGCUCAAGGCCCUCCAGGACCGCCUGACCGAUGCCGACCAGGUCCGAUUUACCCUGCAGGAGACCCUCGACAAGAUCAAGGCCGAGGCCGAAUCCGCGACCAAGUCCCUCGGCGAGAAGAUCGCUGCCGUCACCACCCUCGAGGGCAAACUUUCCGACCUCGAGGGCGAGCACUCCAAGCUCAAGUCCGAUACAGAAGCCGAGCUUGCCGCUGCCGGCGACAAGUAUACCAGCCUUCAGCAAGCCCUUGACAAGCUGAAAGCCGACACCGAUUCGGACCUCGCGGCUGCCAAGAAGGAAUUGAGCGAUGCCCAAGAAAAGUUCACCGCCCUCCAGCAGACCCACGCCGAACUCCAGACCGGCUCCACCGCCGACGUGUCCGCCGCCCAGAAAGACCUCACCGAUGCCCAAGAGAAGCUUGCGGCUCUGCAACAGACCCUCGACCAACGCAAGACCGACGCUGACGCAGACCUCGAGGCCGCCAAGAAGGAACUGCUCGACGCCCAGGCCAAGUUCGCCGAGCUCGAGAAUAACCACAACAAGCUCAAGGCCGGUUCGGAGGAGCAGGUGGCUGCCACCAAGAAAGAGCUCGCCGAGGCGAAGGAGAAGGUUGCUGGUCUUCAGCAGACCCUGGAUGGCCUCAAGUCCGACUCCGCGUCCCAGUUGUCGACCACCCAGAAGGAGCUUGCCGAUGCUCAGGAGAAGCUUAAUGCCCUGCAGCAGACCAACGACAAGAUCAAGGCCGAUUUGGACGCAGAGCUGACCACUGCCAAGACCUCUCUCGCUGGUAUCGAGGACAAGUACGCUAAGCUGCAGGAGACCAGUAAGGUAGAGCUUGAGUCCGCCAAGAAGAGCGUGGCCGAGUGGGAAGACAAGUAUAAAAAGCUGGAGCAGGCACACAAAGAAGCUCAGUCUACCUCUAGUACUGAGCUCGAGUCUGCAAAGAAGACCUUGGCCGAGUCGGAAGAGAGAUAUUCCAAGUUGCAGGAGGCUCACGAUGCCGAGCUUGCCACUGCCAAGAAGAACAUUUCCGACUGGGAGGAGAAGUACAGCACCUUGGAAAAGGCCCAGAAGGAAUCACAGUCGGCUUCUGGCGCUGAGCUGGAAUCCGUGAAGAAGAGCUUGGCGGAGUCUGAGGAUAAGUACAAGACACUGCAGCAGGCGCAAGAAAAGAGCCAGUCAGAGUCAAGCGCCGAGUUGGAGGCGGCUAAGAAGAGUAUCGCAGAGUGGGAGGAGAAGUUCAACACCCUGAAGCAGACACAAGAGAAGGCCCUGUCCGAGAGCAGCGCUGAGGUAGAUGCUGCCAAGAAGAUUACUGCCGAGUGGGAGGAGAAGUUCACCGCCCUGCAACAAGCCCAGGAGAAGGCUGCAUCUGACUCCAGUGCCGAGCUUGAUGCCGCAAAGAAGAGUGGUGCGGAGUGGGAGGAGAAGUACAAGGUCCUUCAGGAGACCCACGACAAGGCGCAGUCCGAUACUGGGGUUGAGCUUGCUUCAGUCAAGCAGAGCUUGGCCGACGCCGAGAACAAGAACAAGUCGCAGCAGGAAUCCCACGAGAAGGCCAAGGCUGACAUCGAGGCGGAGCACACUGCCGUGAAGGAGUCUCUGUCCGGCCUCGAAGAGAAGCACAACGCGUUGCAGCAAACUCACGACAAGACAAAGGCUGACUCAGCUGAGGAGUCUUCGCGCUUGAGCAAGGAGCUGGCGGACCUGCAGAGCAAGUAUAUCGAUCUCGAAAAAUCCAGCGAGAGCGUCAAGAAGGACGCAUCUACCGAGCUGGAGGGCGCCAAGAAGGACGCAGCCAGCUGGCAGGAAAAGGCCGAGAAGUCGAAUUCUGCUGUUGACUCUUUGACCAAGGACCUCGAGGCCUCUAAGAAGGAUCUGGCUGCCGCCGAGGCCAAGCACGCGACUGAGCUGCAAAAGCUGCGCGAGGAGCUCACCAAGGCUGCCAGCGUUAACGGCGACAAGCCGGCCGCAGAGCCUGCAGUGGAGGAGGCGAAGCCCAAGGAGGAGGUUGUUGCUGCAUAA